AUGGCGCUGGACCCACGCUUCUACCACCAUCUCGGCCACGGUACCGGACCUGGCUCCCACAUCUCCAACUCAUCGUGCGGCGCUUCAGCAAUCACAGGCAUAACGAGCCCUUCAGCUAUGUCGACUUCCGCCUCCGCAGCCACGUUACGUUCUACAGCCUCUGUUCCGUCCCUUCGUGCGAGAGAAAGCGUCGCUGUCCCGGCUAGACAUUCAGAUGGCGUCUCGAGUCCAACACCUGGGGGUAAUGUCAAAGUCGUCGUCCGUGUGAGAAAGUUUCUACCUAGAGAAACCGAGCGAAAUGCGGAAUGUCUAAUCGAGAUGGAUCCUCACACACAAAUGACCAAGCUCAAAGCGCCCAGUGUUGACCCAGAAGACGAAGGAAAGCCAAAGUCCCAAGCUCGCGGCAAGGUCCUGGAGGACAAAGCCUUUGUCUUUGACAACUCGUUUUGGUCCCACGACGCCAAUGACGAACAUUAUGCCACCCAGGAGGACGUCUACAACUGCCUCGGCGAGGAAUUCCUCGACCACAACUUUGAAGGAUACCACACUUGCAUAUUUGCGUAUGGGCAGACAGGUUCGGGGAAAAGUUAUACCAUGAUGGGGACUCCAGAACAACCUGGCUUGAUUCCUCGGACCUGUGAAGAUUUAUUCCAGCGUAUCGAAAGUGCCGAGUCGCCUGAUGUCAGCUACAAUGUCCGCGUGUCAUAUUUUGAAGUGUACAACGAGCAUGUUCGCGACUUGCUGGUUCCCCGAACCGACCCUCCGCAUUACCUCCGCAUUCGCGAGUCUCCCGCAGAGGGCCCCUAUGUCAAAGAUCUAACAGAGGUUACUGUCAGGAACUACAACGAACUGAUGAAGUACAUGCGCAAGGGCGACAUGUCUCGCACAGUCGCGAGCACCAAGAUGAAUGACACAUCUUCCAGGUCGCACGCCGUAUUCACCAUCACCUUGAAGCAGAUACACCACGACCUUUCGACAGACGAGACGACUGAGCGCACGGCCCGAAUUCGCCUGGUUGAUCUUGCAGGAUCCGAACGAGCCAAGUCUACUGAAGCUACUGGUCAACGACUCCGGGAAGGGUCCAACAUUAACAAGUCGCUCACUACUCUGGGCAGAGUCAUUGCAGCUUUGGCGGACCCUAAACAUGGGCGUUCUGGAAAGCGCAAAGGAAAGGACGUGGUGCCGUACAGAGAUUCAAUACUCACUUGGCUGCUCAAGGACAGCCUUGGCGGAAACUCGAAGACCGCAAUGAUCGCAUGCAUUUCUCCCUCAGACUAUGAGGAAACCCUUUCUACCCUUCGCUACGCGGACCAAGCCAAGCGUAUCCGCACUCGUGCUCGGGUUAACCAGGACCAAAUGUCUGCCGCGGAGCGUGAUAAGCAGAUUUCAGAAAUGGCGGAGACUAUCCGAGCCCUUCAGCUCAGCGUGAGUCUGGCCGCUGCUAACAGAAGGGAGACCGAGAUUCAGAACGAGCGACUCGAAGUCUACCAGCAAAAGGUAGAGAAGAUGCAGAGACUUAUGGAAGAGACCAAGAUGGUCAGUGAGUGCAAGAUUCGGCAACUGCAGACCGAAAAUGAAGCGCUUCGCAACCAUCUGAAACUUGCACUGGACAGCCUCAAGAAUCCCAUACCCCUGGUAACAAUCGAAAAGCGCAAGAGCGGCUUCUCAGCUUUGGGAGAAGAGAACGGCAACACAAAUGACGGGGUCAACGAGAAUCGGCCUCAGUCACCAAUUUCUGAUGCAGGACCGGAGCCCGAUCUCAUCUGGGAAGACGAUGACACGAUACUCAUCGAGGCUAGUCAGGUCAAGGCUCAGGAAAUACAGGCCGACAUGGAAGACUUGCUGGUGGAUUUGAACAUGUUCAAACGCAAACUGGCCACCGACCAUGAACGAUUUCGAUUCAUCCAGAAGCACGAAACUCGCAAAAGACGUCGUGCGUUGGAAGUUGUUUUGGCCAAUAAUCUCUAG